GAAGAAAACAAACCCAGACUCCUCAAGCCACCGAUGAAUGCCCACACCAAUACGGGUACUAUCGAAUGGGAGAUGCCCAAAACUGCGGUCAAUUCAAGAACUGCGUUGAUGGACACGCUUACGUUUUCGAUUGUCCCGAAGGUCUAGCGUUCAAUUCAGAUUCCUACCGAUGCGACUGGCCUGAUAAAGUGGCUUCCUGCGAUGCUGAAGCUUACUUAGGAUUCAGCUGUCCACCAAGCGCCAAGGACUUUGGUUUGGGCCAGGAAGAGUACAGGUCCUUCCGAUCCCCCAAAGAUUGUCAAAGGUACUUCAUCUGUAUCGAAAAUAAGCCAAGGUUGUACAACUGCGGAGAAGGAAAGGCAUUCAACGACCUCACCAACGAAUGCGACGGAAUCGAGAACGUUACUGGCUGUGCUGUUCCUCAAUACCAAGAAGAAAGGAAAUUCGGACCAUCGACUUCUUUACCGGUUUAUUCGAAUUACAGGGGUUAAAAGUAAUGGUGUAUUGUAAAUAUUUUGUUAACAAAUAAAGAGUUGAAAGAUGAGAAAAAA